UGUCACGCAAUUCUCGCAGCAAACCCUAGCAGCACCCCCAAGUCCCGCAGAGAUCUGCCUGUCCCGUCCCCGACGCGGUCCUAAACCCUCCUCCCCUUCUCUCACCUAUCCACCCUUCUCGACCGCCGCCGCCGUCCUAGCCACAGGAGGCGAGCGAGAUGGUGUUUGUGAAGACCCAGAAGACCAGGGCCUACUCCAAGCGCUUCCAAGUGAAGUUCAAGAGAAGGAGACAGGGGAAGACUGAUUACAGGGCCAGACUGAGGCUCACUAACCAAGACAAGAACAAGUACAACACACCCAAGUACCGGUUUGUUGUGCGAUUUACCAACAAGGAUGUCACUGCCCAAAUUGUGUACGCUACCAUUGCUGGUGAUAUCGUGAUGGCUGCUGCCUAUUCUCAUGAGCUGCCUCGGUAUGGUCUUGAAGUUGGCCUCACCAACUAUGCUGCAGCCUACUGCACUGGUCUGCUUUUGGCUCGCCGGGUGCUCAAGUUCCGUGAUUUGGACCAGGAAUAUGAGGGCAAUGUUGAGGCCAGUGGGGAGGACUUCUCAGUUGAGCCAUCUGAUGAAAGGAGGCCUUUCCGUGCUCUCUUAGAUGUUGGCCUUAUUAGAACUACUACUGGAAACCGUGUGUUUGGUGCCCUUAAGGGUGCAUUGGACGGUGGUCUUGACAUUCCACACAGUGACAAGAGAUUUGCUGGCUUCAAGAAGGAUGAAAAGCAGCUGGAUGCGGAGGUUCACCGCAAGUACAUCUAUGGAGGGCAUGUUGCUGACUACAUGAAGACACUAGCAGAGGAGGAACCUGAGAAGUACCAAUCUCACUUCAGUGAGUACAUCAAGAAGGGGAUUGAGGCUGGUGGCAUGGAAGCGCUGUACAAGAAGGUUCAUGCUGCCAUUCGUGCUGAUCCUACCCUGGCCAAAUCAACCAAGGAACCUCCAAAGACACACAAGAGGUACAAUCUGAAGAAGUUGACCUACGAGCAGAGGAAGGCCAGCCUCGUAGAACGGCUCAACGCCCUCAACUCCUCUGCUGGUGCUGAUGUUGAUGAGGACGACGACGAAUGAGGAGUUUAGCCGACUGUGCUAGUGCUAUAUUUUUGUUUUCAAACAAAACUUGCUCUAUGCUGUUCACCGGUAGUAUUGCAAGAGUCGUUGCGCAAGUUCGGCACUAUGCACAAUUUGUACCCGCCUCUCAGUUUUGACUAUCAGGCAGGAGUUCUGGAUUUAUCUUAUACGAGCUGUUGGCAUCUAGCGUCUUGAUAUUGCUUUGAGUUUGUUGA